AUGGGAAAGGUUCCUAUUACAAUAUUGUAUGAUGGACAUUGGAAUGACAACGAAAAAUUCGCGGGUUAUAGGUUGACAACUAUGUUGCUUAACGACAAUGCCACAUUUUUAGAUGCUUUACAACUAUUGUAUAAAGAGUUGCCUCUAAAGUUGGAUUGUCGUCGCCACUACAUUAGGAUUUUUGUUGAUAUGAACCUUGGAGAGAAUGGAAAUAAUAUUUUAGAGGUUAUGGGUGAUAGUGGUAUGAGUUGGUACCUACAUAUGGAAAAAUCUGAUAAAGAAAUGAAAUACCCACUCAUUGUAAGUUUUGAGGAGCGUCCAAUGGUUGAACUAAUUCAAAAGUCCAUUGAGAAUAAUCGUUUGUUGUUGGAGUCUGUUACUGAUCACUCCUCUAUAAUGGAAUCAGAUUUGUCUUCAAAGUUUGGCACAAACUUUGAAGUAGGUUCAUCGUCAAAUUCUCAUGGUGGGAGCAAUGGUAGUUCAACUGUUCUAAGUACCAACAUGAACAAUUCUCCAACUUCAGAAAACGUAGACUCUAUAUUUGUAGAUCCCAUUGGAUUGGAAGAUCUGAAAGUCAAAUACCUCUUUGAAAAUAAAGAAAAGUUGAAGACUGCAUUAGGGUUGAUCUCAAUUAAGAAAAAUUUUGAAUUUGUGACUAUUAAGUCUAACCAAACUAGAUUGGUUGUCAGAUGUGUAGUUCCAAAUUGUGAAUGGUACAUGAGGGCUUCAAAGUAUGGAAAUGGAGAUUUUUGGAUGGUAAGGAAGUAUGUCAAGGAUCAUACUUGUCCAAUUGAUGUUGUGUUAAAUGAUCAGCGUCAAGCUACUAGCAAAUUAGUGAGUGAUUGUGUAACUAACUUGCUAAGAGAUGAUGCAACAACAUGUCCUAAAAAGAUAGUAGCUCAUAUGUUGAGAGAAUAUGGGGUCCGUAUUAGUUACUUCAAAGCUCGUAUGGCAAAGGAAAAAGCAUUGGAGGCAUUACAAGGAUCUGCUGAUGAGUCAUAUGCUCUAUUGCCAUCAUAUCUCCAUGCUCUAAAGUCUUCUAAUCCUGGCUCAGUGGUUGAUUAUCAAACUGAUGAUGAAGGCAGAUUCUUGUAUAUGUUCAUGGCAUUUGGAGCUUCCCUUGAAGGAUGGAAGUAUUGUAGGCCAGUCAUAUCAGUUGACGGAACAUUUUUAACAGCUAAAUUUGCAGGAACAUUGUUCAUGGCAUGUGCCAUGGAUGCCAAUAAUCAUAUAUUCCCAAUAGUUUUUGGCAUCGGAGAUUCUGAGAAUGAUUCUUCUUGGAUUUGGUUUUUCCAAAGAUUAAGAGAUGCAUUAGGAUCUCGAGAUAAUCUGGUUAUUGUUUCAGACAGACACAGGAGUAUUGAGAAUGCAAUAUCUACUGUGUAUCCAGAUGCAGAACAUGUCUUAUGCACCUAUCAUUUGUUGAACAACCUAAAAUCUGCAUUGAAGUUCAAGGGCCAUGAUGUGCUAUUUGAGAAUUGUUCAAGAGCUUAUUUAAAGAUUGACUUUGAGUUUUAUAUGCGCCAAAUGGAGUCAAUCAAACCAAGAAUUCGUGAAUAUCUUCUUCAAAUUGGAUAUGAGAAAUGGGCUAGAUCAUAUUCUACUAGAAGAAGAUACACCAUUAUGACCUCAAAUAUAUCUGAAAGCUUAAAUUCUGUUUGGAAAGAAGCUAGAGACUUUCCUGAAAUAUACAAGAUGCAGCAAAAAUUGUAG